UGAACCACACUCUUGGCAUUUCGGAGACAGGGCACUCUGUCUACUAGCACCGUCGGCUGAAAAGCAUCAAGGAUACCAAUGAUUUCAGACACACUGCUAGGAUACUGCCUCUACUCACUGAAGCAGAAUCCUCUGAAGAGUUGCUGAGGCAGAACUGAAAUCAUGCCUUGCCUCAAAGAAGCAGCUGUAUUGGCCACUAAUGAUGCCUCACACAGAAAGACGAUGCUCCUUUAACUCGAGGGUUUUAAUGGGAAGUUUCUGAGCCUGAAACAACAGCUUCAGAUCUGGGGUGUGCCAUUAGCUGCUUGCAGCUAGCCACCACGGUGUACUGCUGUAACACAGCCUGGUCGGGAAGAAUGGAAACGAAAGAAGCUUGUAACUACCUGUAACUGUUCCACCAGGAAGUGGAUGAAGUGUUGGUUCAGCCAGAUCCAGACUGUUUCCUGAGCACACACAAACGGACCUGGCAAGGGGAAGACACAGCUGUGCUGCGUGAUGGGGAAAGCCUGUCAGGAUUAAAAACUGCCAUAACUCAGCCUUUCCAAGGUGCAGCCACCAUGAGGUCAGCAAACUGAUAAUGGAAGAAAAGGAUACUGGGGGAUCCCGUGUUCUGGCUUCCCUGGACGAUGGAUGGAGGCCAGCCCGCCCCUUCACCCCUAGUGCCCCUUGGGAACACGUUUUCAGAUUCUAGCAUGUCUUUGGAGCAGAAAACCACAUUCGUUUUUGUGAUUUUGUUGUUUAUUUUCUUGGGCAUCCUCAUCGUCAGGUGCUUCCGGAUUCUUCUGGACCCGUAUCGGAGUAUGCCAACCUCAACCUGGGCAGACGGACUCGAAGGCCUGGAGAAAGGGCAGUUUGACCAUGCCCUUGCUUAGCAUGUAGCCCCAGCGGGAUGCCCUCCUGAGGAGGUGAAGUGCUUCCUGUGUCGGCUAGGAUUCUCCUUAGUCAAUAUUCACAACAAAUCAAGUUUCAACAAUGUCUUCUCCUAAGGCCACUAUCUAUUAUUCAGUAAACAUGCUGUUGUUAAAAACACUUGAGGAUAUUGGAAACGGAGAUUUAUAUUACUAACCAAAAAUAGGAAGGUUUAAAUUUCUCUGUUUACUCUGUGAAUGAAUAUCGUUGACUGUGUGUGAUGGUGAAACCGAGAGCAUCAAUACUGACAGGAAACAUAAACUUUGCCAUAAAAUGAAGCGCUAUCUGACCUGACCGGACAACAAAGACUAAAAAGGAUCUGAUCUGAAGCUGGUGACAGGGCCAAGAAGAGGCUUCCUUGCUCUAAUCCUGUUCUUUUUGUUUUAUUUUCAUGGGAACUUGGGUCCCAGGCAGAGAGUGAGGAAGCCUAUGCUGAGUGGACCCAAAGCAGGUACCUGUUUUCACCUAAAGUAAGGAGCAUUGGGAGGUCAUGGGAGGACUUAGAAAAGAGAGUUCCACCCUGAGAAAAUACAGGGGAGGAUGAUAUUUUCUUUUUCAAUAACAUUGAAUUCAAAGGCUUAUGGAGGUUUCAAAAUUUUUAGCCAGCCCAAGUACAUAAUAUGUAUUCAUAUUAAUAACAUGUGUAGAGGUACUUAUACAUAGCCUGAAUUUGCUUUCUUUACACAAACGAUUGAAAUGACAGGUUGCCAGCGCAGCUUCAAGUUGUUUUUGUUUGUUUUUUUUUUAAAUAAAAAUUUAAUUGUUUAGAGAAGACUUUUACAGUCUUUA